AUGUCGUCGGUCGACGCAGAGGCAAACGCCUACCUCGCCUGGGUGCGCGCCGUUCUCGACCCAGAUACCACCGCCGCACCACCUGCCGCCUCCAACACCACCGACGGCACCGACCAAGAUGCACAGCUCACCGACCCACCGCCGCCGCCCUCGACGACGUCGUCGUCCAACCGCACCUACGACUCCGUCGACGACCUCUGCGACGGCGUCGCCCUCUUUGACCUCCUCGCCGCCAUCGACCCGGACCUCUUCCGCAACCCGCACGGCGCAGACGUAAAGGACAACUGGGUCCUCACCAUCGGCACCCUCAAGCGCCUCUACAAGCUCAUGAUGCAGUACUACUCCCAGUCCCUCCAGUGCGACACCCACCAGCUCCCCGCGCCCGAUCUCAACGCCAUCGCACGCUCCUCGGACAAGGCGCACCUCAACAGCCUCUGCCUCCUCGCCAUCGGCAUCGCCGUCCAGAGCGACGAAAACGACCGCCACAUUGCCGCAAUUCAGACCCUGCCCCAGGAACACCAGCAUCAGCUCAUGAUGGCCAUCGCACGCAUCAUGGACGCCAUCAAACAGGGCCAGGACCAGCAGCUCGCCGCCGAUCAGCAGGCCAAUGCCGAUGGCCGCCGGACCAACGGCGACGGCAGCGCCGACACCGACGGCGACGACGCCUUCGGCCAGUCUAAAGAGGAAAUGGCCCAGGACCUCGCUCGGCUGCGCGACGAAAAGUCGACGCUCGAAAAGGCCUACAUCCAGCUCGCCGAAGAGCACCGCAACCUCGAGGACACGCUGCAAGAGUCUCGCGCCGAGACCCGCCAGGCCACCUCCGAGCUUGCGUCCUACCGCAAGUCGGUCGAGGAGAGCCGCAACGAGCAGGCCGACGUCCUCAUGCGCCAGGAGAUUGAGCGCCUCAAGCUCGAGCUGCGCAAGAGCGAGGACAACCUCGCCGCCAUCGAAAACGACCACGAGCGCCUCACAAAGGCCAACCUCGAGCUCGUCCGCCGCACCGACGACCUCCAGCGCAAGGCCGACGAGGGGACCCGCUUCAAGGACCAGCUCGACGAGCAUCGCCACGCCGCCGACAAGCUCCAAAAGGCCGAAAACGCCAUUGAAAAGUACAAAAAGAAGCUCGAGGAGGGCGCCGACAUCCGCAGGCAACUUAAGGCCCUCGAGGAUCAAAACGCCGACCUGGUCAACCGCAACGCGUCGCUCGAGGACGAGUACAAGCGCGUCUCGGCGUUUAAGCCGCUCAUGGACUCGUACAAGACCCAGAUCGCCGAGCUCGAGGCCAAGGCGUCCAACCUCCAGCGCGACCUCGAUACGUCCAAGUACGAGCAGGACCAGGUGCUCUCGCGGCUCAGGGCGUCCGAGGACCAGAGGGCAAAGGAGAAGGAGGAGAUGGAGCUCUACCAGGACCGCAUCCGCGAGCUCGAGCUGGGCGGCGACGACGGCAGCGGCGCUGCGAAGCGGAAAAAGGCCGCAGCGGCGGCGGCAGCGGCAGCGGCAGGGGGCAGCCAAGACGACGUGGCCAUGAACGGCGCCGAGGGGCUCGUGGCGGCCGACAACAGCUUCGCAUCCGCGCGGGGCAUCGGCGGCGACGACGACGGCGAUGACGACGACGAAGACGACGACGAGGCCGACACGGCGGGCGAGCUCGAAGAUGCGCUUUCUGGCACGACGAUGACGGACCUCAAGAUCCGGGUGCGCAAGUUGAUGCGCGAGCUUGAGGCGGCGCGGACCAACAAGGCGGACCAGUCGCGCAUCAUUGUGCUCGAGAACCUGCUCGAGGAUGCGCAGAAGAUGAAGUCGCGGUACGAAGCCGACUACCUGCGCGAGCACCGCGAGAAAAUGAUUCUGCAGAACCAGAUCGAGGCCAUCCGCAGCGGCAAGUCCGACCUCGGCGAUGGCACCGAGGCGGCGUACGCGCUGCGGCUGCGCCUCAACGAGGUCGUCGACGAGCUCGACAAGAGCAAGCGCGAGCUGACGACGCUGCAGGUGCAGCACGAGCAGAUCACGCGCGAACUGACGAUUGCCAAGUCGGACCUCGCGCUGGUCAACAAGGACCAGGUCGACAUCCUGCACUCGCUGCGGGCGUCGAUCGAGGUGGAAAAGGACGAGCUGGAGGGGACGAUCCGGCGGCUCAAGACGAAGCUGUCGUCUGCGCACGAGCAGAACAAGAUGUCGAUGGCGCAGGUCAACAGCCUGCUGAUGGAAAAGGUGGACCUGCAGAGCGAGUCGAUCGGGCAGCGCGACGAGGCGCUCAAGCGCGAGCGGACGCUGGGCGAGCUGCGGGUCAAGCUGAGCGGCAAAGGUCUGCCGCGCGAGGUCGAGGAUAUGGUGGCCUCGCUCCAGGUCGAGGCGAUGAACGGGGCGCGCGACCUCAAGGCGGUGCAGGACAAGUUUGCCAAGGCCAAGAUGUUUAUCAAGCAGCAGGACCGGAUGCUCAAGGAGCGCGAGAGGGAGAUGGCGUCGUUUUCCGCCGUCGCCGCGGCGGCGCAACAACACGGUGGUGGAGGGGUCGGGGGGGACGAGGAGGGGGAGAGGGGAUACAAGAGGCUCAAGGAGGAGGUGACGGUGCUGCGGCGCGAACAGCGUCUCAUGAUGAGCGCGUUCCAGGAUCUGGGGAGGAGGUACAUGGUCGAACUCGAGAGCAGCCGUUCCCACACCGGCAGCGGCGGCGGUGGCGGUGGCGGUGGCGGUGGCGGCGGUGGAGGUGGGUUCGGUCAUUCUGGUAUUGGAGGGGGUGGUGGGAUGGGGAGCAGCAAGGCGCUCCUGGUCAACUCGUCCGGAUCCAAAAGCGCCGCUGCAGGAGGGGGAGGCGGAAGUUGGUUGAAUCGUCAACGGUCCAGCGUCAACCCGACGCUCAAGAUCGCAAGUAGGAGAUAG